GAGAUACAUAGUGGGGUCCUCUGAUUCUUCAGUUCCGCAGUGUCCGCGCCGGCCCCGCUCCGUGGCCCCGUAACGCGAGGACAUGGCAGCGACCGCGCGGCCUGGGACUGCCCCUCCGAUCCUCGAGUCCGGGAAGCCCCCCAGCUGGCUGGCUUCUAGAUGGGAGGGGCACGACUCGUAAACAAAGCUGCCUCUUUGUACUGGCGACUUCUCAUCUCCUCCCCUUCCUACCGCCUCCCUAUAUAUAUAUGCACUCACGCGGCGUUCCCUAUUCCUCUACGCCGAAAACCCCAAGCCCAUAUCGCUCUCCGCCUGCACCUCUAGAUCGCGGCAAUGGCGUUCGCGGCGAGCGGCGUUCAUCGCGUCGCGGUGGAUGUGGAGAGCGAGGGCGAGGAGGAGAGAAGAAGGGCACGGGGCGAGGAGGAGGCCGACCUGCUCUGGGCGGCCAUCGAGCGGCUUCCCUCCGGCAAGCGGCGCAACCACGCCAUCGUCCUCCCUGACCCCGGCGGCAGCGGCGGUGGAGGAGGAGGGUUAGGGAGAGGCGAGGUGGUGGACGUGCGGACGCUCGAUCGGUCUGGGGUCCAACGCGUGCUCCGCCGGGCGCUCGCCACCGCCGAUCUCGACAACGCCAACCUCCUCCACGGCAUCAAGGCCCGCUUCGACGCUGUGGGAUUGGAGGUGCCGCGGGUGGAGGUUAGGUUCCGCAACCUGAACGUGUCCACGGAGGUCCACGUCGGUAGCCGGGUGUUGCCGACGCUCAUCAACUACGUCCAUGAUGUUGCCGAGAGACUUCUAAUCGCCUGCCAUCUUUUACGUCCUAAUAAGCGCAAGCUCACUAUUCUGGAUGAUGUUAGUGGCAUUAUCAAACCUGGGAGAAUGACAUUGUUGCUGGGACCACCUUCAUCUGGGAAAUCAACACUCUUGUUGGCUCUUUCUGGUAAAUUGGAUCCUCAGCUAAAGAAAUGUGGACAAGUUACCUAUAACGGAACUUCUCUUGAUGAAUUUUGUGUACAAAGAACUUCUGCUUAUAUCAGUCAGACAGACAACCAUAUUGGAGAAUUGACAGUGAGGGAAACUUUGGAUUUUGCUGCAAAAUGCCAGGGUGCAAGUGAAAACUGGAAAGAGUGCUUGAAGGAUUUAGUCCAUCUUGAAAAGGAGAGAGGCAUAAGACCAACUCCAGAGAUAGACGCUUUUAUGAAGACUGCAUCAAUUGGUGGAGAAAAACACAAUCUUGUUACAGACUAUGUUCUGAGAGUUCUUGGGCUGGAUAUGUGUGCUGACACUCCUGUUGGUACUGACAUGGAAAGAGGUGUCUCUGGUGGUCAGAAGAAGCGAGUCACAACAGGAGAAAUGGUGGUUGGACCAAGAAAAGUCCUUCUCAUGGAUGAAAUAUCAACAGGUCUUGACAGCUCAACAACUUUUCAAAUAGUUAAAUGUGUGAGGAACUUUGUUCAUGAGAUGGAAGCUACUGUACUGAUGUCACUUCUUCAGCCUGCGCCAGAGACAUUUGAACUAUUUGAUGAUCUAAUUCUGCUGUCAGAAGGGCAGAUCAUUUAUCAAGGCCCCACUGCGCAUGUUAUGGACUAUUUCAAAUCGUUAGGAUUUUCACUGCCGACUCGUAAGGGAAUUGCUGACUUUCUUCAAGAGGUUACAUCAAGGAAAGACCAAGCUCAGUACUGGUUUGACCAGUCAAAACAGUAUUAUUUUAUUUCUGCAUCAGCAAUGGCUUCUGCAUUCAAGCAGUCCCAGUAUGGCAGAUAUCUGGAGUCUAAUGUAAAUAACUCUUAUGAUGAUACAAAUUCUCAGCAGGCGCUUGCCAGAUCAAAGUUUGCAGUAUCAAAGCUUAGCCUUGUUAGGGCAUGCUUUGACAGGGAGCUUGUUUUAAUAAGUCGCAACUGUUUCCUCUACACUUUUAGGACGUGCCAAGUUGCUUUAGUCGCGGUCAUCACAUGCACAAUCUUUCUCCAGACAAGAUUACACCCUGUUGAUGAGGAAAGUGGGAAUCUUUAUCUCUCUUGUCUGUUUUAUGGGCUUGUGCAUAUGAUGUUUAAUGGUUUUACAGAGCUGCCCAUUACUAUUUCACGGCUUCCAGUGUUUUAUAAGCAGAGAGGCAGUUUCUUUUAUCCUGCAUGGGCUUUCUCAAUUCCCAAUUGGAUACUAAGAAUUCCGUAUUCCUUUAUUGAAGCUGUAGUGUGGUCAAGUGUUGUUUAUUACACAGUAGGUUUUGCACCAUCUGCUGAUAGAUUCUUUCGCUUUAUUUUAGUGUUGUUCUCUGUACAUCAAAUGGCUUUGGGCCUUUUCCGGAUGAUGGGAGCUAUAGCACGAGACAUGACUAUCGCUAAUACUUUCGGAUCGGCUGCUUUAUUGGCAAUUUUUCUUUUAGGAGGGUUCAUUGUUCCCAAAGGGGCUAUAAAACCAUGGUGGGAUUGGGCUUAUUGGAUUUCCCCCUUAAUGUAUGGACAGUGUGCUAUUUCAGUUAAUGAAUUCUCAGCUUCCAGAUGGUCAAAGGCAUCAGUUUCUGUCAACAAUACAGUUGGAAUCAAUCUUCUUCUUUCACACAAUCUCCCUACACAAAAUUACUGGUACUGGAUUGGAGUUUGUGUUUUAUUGGCUUACGCCGUCUUGUUCAAUGGUUUAUUUACUCUUGCUUUGACAUUCCUUAACCCCCUACGAAAGGCCCAAGCGAUGAUACCAUCCGAUUCUGAGGAAACAAUGGAUGCAAUAUUGGAUAGUGCAUCCGGUGGACAUGCAACUGGAGAUAGUAAUGGCAGAAAUUAUGGGUUCAAAGGACAGACUGAAGGAAGACUUAAUAAGGGAAUGAUACUACCAUUUCUACCAGUUACAAUGACGUUUCACAAUGUUAACUAUUUUGUUGAUAUUCCAAAGGAAAUAAAAUCGAGAGGUCUGCAAGAGAAAAGACUACAGUUGCUGUCUGAAGUAAGUGGGGUAUUUAGGCCACGUGUCCUUACAGCACUGGUUGGCUCAAGUGGUGCUGGAAAGACAACGCUUCUUGAUGUUUUAGCUGGAAGAAAAACAGGAGGAUAUAUAGAAGGUGAUAUCAGGAUUUCUGGCCAUAAGAAGGAACAAAGAACCUUUGCCAGGAUAGCUGGAUAUGUUGAGCAAAAUGACAUCCACUCGCCACAAGUAACAGUUGAAGAGUCUUUGUGGUUUUCUUCAACCUUACGGCUUGCAAAAGAUAUAUGUAGAAAAACAAGACAUGAAUUUGUUGAGGAAGUUAUGGCUUUGGUAGAGCUUGAUCAACUGAGACAUGCAUUAGUAGGAAAACAGGGUAGUACUGGAUUGUCAACAGAGCAACGGAAACGCCUUACAAUAGCUGUUGAGCUAGUUGCAAAUCCUUCAAUUAUUUUUAUGGAUGAACCUACAUCUGGUUUGGAUGCACGAGCAGCUGCCAUUGUGAUGCGGACUGUUCGAAAUACUGUUGAUACUGGAAGAACUGUUGUUUGCACUAUACACCAGCCCAGUAUUGAUAUCUUCGAAGCAUUUGAUGAGCUCCUCCUUCUGAAACGUGGAGGUAGUGUAAUAUAUGCUGGUUCUCUUGGUGUCAACUCAGUUGAUAUGAUUGGUUACUUUGAGUCCAUUCCUGGUGUUCCUCGAAUCCCUGAAGGCUACAAUCCAGCAACCUGGAUGCUUGAAGUCAGCACACAAGCAUGUGAAGAGUGCCUUGGUUUAGAUUUUGCAACCGUGUACGAGAACUCAGAUAAGUUCAGGAAAGUGGAAGAGAUAAUUGAAGAAUUAAGUAUUCCAGCUGCUGGCACGGAGCCUUUGAAAUUUUCCUCAGAGUUUUCACAGAAUUUUAUGAUUCAGUUCAAAGCAUGCUUGCGUAAGCAAAACCUUAUUUACUGGAGAAGUCCAGAGUACAAUGUUGUACGGUUAUUUUUCACAGCAAUUGCUGCUGUCAUAUUUGGAUCAAUAUUUUGGAAUGUUGGAAUGAAAAGAGAAACAACUGAAGAUUUGCUGCUUGUCAUGGGUGCUCUUUACGCGGCAUGCCUGUUUCUUGGUGUGAAUAAUGCCUCAUCUGUGCAGCCUGUGGUAUCUACAGAGAGGACAGUCUACUACAGGGAACGAGCUGCUAGAAUGUACUCGUCUUUCCCAUAUGCGGCAGCACAGGGUCUUGUAGAGAUUCCUUACAUUGCAGCUCAGACACUAAUAUUUGGCCUCAUCACUUAUUUCAUGAUCAAUUAUGAGAAGAACAUAGGAAAAUUGUUCAUGUAUCUUGUUUUCAUGUUCCUUACUUUUACCUACUUCACUUUCUACGGGAUGAUGGUGGUAGGCUUGACCCCAACACAACAAAUGGCAGCAGUAGUGUCGUCAGCGUUUUACUCCUUGUGGAAUCUUCUUUCCGGGUUCCUCAUCCCCCAAUCUAAAAUCCCAGGUUGGUGGAUCUGGUUCUACUACAUCUGCCCAGUGGCAUGGACCCUGCGUGGCAUCAUUACAUCGCAGCUGGGCGACGUGCAGACCAGGAUAGUUGGGCCUGGUAUCGACGGGACAGUACAGGAGUUCCUCGAGGGAAGCCUGGGAUUUGAACAGGGGAUGACUGGUACCACAGUUGCAGUACUCGUUGCCUUCUCACUUUUCUUCUUCGCCAUCUACGCGAUUUCCAUCAAGAUCAUAAAUUUCCAGAGAAGAUAGAUAGUCAUCUUAUAACGUGGAUGUGCAACUGAGUUGGGCGCCUUGUAUAAACUUCAUGGUGCCAAGAUCAUAGUUUUCUUGCUACCUGGUGUAUGGAUGAUAAACCCAGUAACUGCUACUUGCUGAUUGUGAGACCAAGGUUUUGCAAGGGUAGAGAGGAUCAUAAAGCAGUAGAGUACGGUCUUAGUUUCCUUCUAAAGAACAGAACUCUUGAAAUUGUAGUCUCUGGUUUAUUCUUGUCGUUAGCUUCUCAAAUGAUUUCACGCUGUAAGGCUUUUGUCAGUGUUUCAAAAUAGAGUAUAGAAAUUGUAGAUAGAGAUGAACUCGAGAUUAAGUGAAUGAAUCAAUUGUUCUUCAGUGCAUUGUUAUGUGUACAAUAUAUACAUG